AUGUCCGCCGACGCGCUUGCCGGUCUGUCCAUGCUCGGCCGUCUGAUGGGCAACAACAGCCAGCAGCCCGCGCGCCUUGGUGGCCCGCCCAAAUGCUGGGAGGAGCAGCGCUUCGGUGUAUGCCAGAAGCCCGGUUGCCGCUUCAUCCACAAGAACUCCGUGUCCAGCUCCGGCCAGGCCGGUCAGGCUGUUCUGACAGGGCCGUCGCAAGCCGAGCCGGAUACAACUGGCGAGCGCGUGCACGACUUCCUCGGCUUAUCCUCUCGCACAGACCCGGCCACGAAGCAGAACAUGGCUGAGUUGAAGAUUGUCGAGCAGCGCGAGGUCAUCGAGAAGCUGUGCUCGACGGAGAACGGUUCCCUGCAGUACCGGUGCCUUCCUGUGGCGGGAGGGGUGCACGAGUCCGUGGAGUCCUUGCUGAAGCUGCUGGACCCCCAGUCCCUGCGCGGAGGCACGCCUGUGGGGCCAGAGGUCGUGAAGAACAAGGUGGCGGAUAUCGUCCGGCACUUGCAGAGCGAGGGGUGGACGCCUCCACAGCAGGCCGUCGACCCGCAGUCCGCGUACAUGUCGUCGCUGCAGAGCACCAUGCAGGAGCUCACCAUGGCCGUGAAGAGUCUGAAGAAUGAGUCGCCGCUGGCGAUGCCGGUGCUUCCCUCGCCUGCCCGUGCAGCCUCUGGGCUGGGAGCCGGGUCCAAGCGCUCGGCAGGCACCCGUGCCGGUGGCGACAUGGGCGUCGUCUUUCGCCAGGCGUCCCUCGCGGCGCUGGGGGAGGACACCGAGGCUCUGAACGUCUUCAGCGACUCGCCGGCGCGCAAGCAGAUGUGUGCCGGCCUGGCUGCGCAGGAGGGUGCGGGCGGAGUGGUCGCGAUCGAUGACAGCGAGGACGCCGACCUCCUGCCGCUGUCCCCCGCGAGGGCGCUCGUGGAGAAAUACAGGGAGGCGGCGGUGGCACACCCGCCGGCCAAGACCAAGAACAUCCCGUACGCGGACAACACCCCGCUGCCGGAGAUGCUCCGGCAGAUGGCCGGGCCAAUGCCCGCCGGGGCAGCCGGCGUCGACCCUGGUGACGUGGUGGUGUUCUUGGACACGCAGAGCCAGCCGGUCACGGAGAAGGCGCUGGAGGUGCUCCCGUACGUUGUCCGCACGCUGUCAGGCGCCCAAAGGCCGUGUACCCGCUUGUCCCAGCUCCUGCAGACGUACGGGGUAACCUACGCGAGCGAGCGGAAGCAGCACCUGGCAGUGAGCCUGCUCGCUCCUGUCCGCGAGGCGCCUGUUGUCCCUGCCAUGCACUCCAUGAUGGCUGUCAAAGAAUGCUGCCGCCAGGCCGCCGGACAUGCCUAUGUGAAGGGGCACCAAGCGAUAAUUAUCGUGCAAUCAUGA